UCUCUUCCAGUAUGCAGGAAGCUGUGGGUGUAUGAUUUCCUGAGGAACAUACUGUCCCUGCAUGCAUGCAGGGGAUUAUUUUUUUUCCCUGAACAAAUUAGUUUAAUUUCUAGGUAACCCUGAGCCACUGGCUGUCACACCACUGUCUGGCUGUUCAAGCAUGGACUGUAAAGAACACACAGCCUGUGCAUGCUAUUGGGCUCUGUGCCAAACCUCCCAGUGACCACAGCAGGGAGUCCCUCUGGUUGUCUCUUUUUGGGGUGAGGGACCUCAGCCAAGAUGGUCAGUUUUUCUGCAAGGGCUCUGCCAUAACUCUAUUUUCUUUUACCUUCCCUGCAUGUCUGCUAAGGCACAGAGGCAUUUCACCAGGAUUUAUUUCUAGGCAAUUCUCCCCAACCUCUUCCCUCUGCCUCUCACUUUCAGUCAGCUUCCCCAUUUCCACCAACUUGUUGUUUUUACAUAAUGCUGCUGUAACUUUCGACGGGAUGAAGAUCUGGCUCUGCUUCUCCUUUUUGGGGCAAGCAAACUGCCCAAAAGCCUGGAGUGUCUGCAAGCUGCAGAAAAUCCUGCGCCCGGUCCGGUGUGGAUGUUUGCAGUCCAGUUACAAAAGCCCUGUGUUUGCAUUAUGUUAAUCCCCUGGCUUUGGCUACUCUGGCCAGGCAGGACCUAUCGCAUGGAGAAUGACAUCAUUUGGAAAAAGGGCUGCUUCCUGAGGCUGCCAGAGGCUCUGCAGCAUCCCUCCCCUUUUAUAGGGGAUGGCUGCUCCAUCUCAGCAGGGGCAGGCUGCUUUAUCAAUUGGAAUAGUUUUAGUGACUGUAGACAUUGUAACGUGAUGGAGUGCAGGAGAAGGAGAUGUGUGUAACCCUCCUCUCUGCCAGGCUGCAGUAGCGAUACAAUACCAUAAAUCCUGUGAUUUGUUCAUUAAGCUCUGUUGCCUAGAGAUUUGUCUCAUCUUAAUGCAUACAUUGUUUUUUACUUGCCCUAAUCUGCCUUUUACAAAUGGUGGCAAGAAUACCAGGAAAGUGUAACUGAUACGAUGCUGCUUGCAAGCUCACCCACGUGCUACUUGUGAUCGGCACAAGGAGCUGCAGAGAUAUAAAAUGCAGGGUGACUGGGCUGCUUAGUGAAUGCUUCCAGCUCACUAAUGCUGAAAUGCCAUAAAGCAUCCUGCAUUCUGAAACCAGCAUAUGACUCUCAGCAUCGCCAUUCUGCCCGAUUCUCCCCUUACGGAUGCAGUUACAAAAACGGCAGCUAAGCACAGACGUAUCCCUGGCAUGCCGUCAGGCAGCCUUGCUGGAGGAAAUUUUUUUUCCCCCUGCAAGCUGCCAAGGUGGACUCCUUAGCUCCUGCGAUAGACUGAAUGAGACUGCAGUUCCCCCAUCAGUUUCAUAAUACUCAGAAAGCAUCCAUUUACAUCAUUGUGUGCAGUGCAGGGCAGCAGCUGCCAGGAAAUUUGAAACUAUUUUGAUUCCAGUUGACUAGAACAGCAGCAAUUGAAUUAGCUGGUACCGCUAUAGAUAAACUGAUGAUCUUUGCAUUUUAUUUCUUUGACCAAUGGGUAACUGCUGGAGCUACAGUAAUCUCUGUAGUGGCCGUGGAAGCAGCAGUUUGCCUCCUCAUACCAUCAUCAAUGAAUUUCCAGAGUAUGGCACUGUAGAGUCGAGCAGACAAGCUCCCUCAGCUCUGUCGAUGUGCCAGGCCGAGCCUGUAACACGCAGUCCGGAAAGACGGGACAGUCACCACCGUGUCAGGCCUGUUCCUCAGUGCGCAGCUCCUGCUGAUAAUUUGAGGCCUGAUGCAGGGGCAGUGCAGCUUCACACCCCAGAAGAAGGUUUGCAACCCAGGGGUAAUCUGCCAGAGAUUAUGAAAAUCUCUCGACAGCUAGAAGCAACAAAGGUGCAAGAAAGAGCAAAUACUUCUCUCGAUUCAGAGACGCAAAUGGAAAAAAAGAGCGUUACUGGCAGCCAAAAUGUGCAGGCAGCCAGAGAACCAGUUCCAGCAGGCCAAGAAAAACUCUCAGACAUGCUUCUUCCAUCUGAACGAACAGCUGAGGAAAAAAAGUAUUUGAUCGUAGAGAAAGAUCUGGCUUCAGUACGGGCUGGAGAAAAGCAGUCUGAAUCCUCACAAGCCAUAAGUAAUAAAGCAGAGGAGGUCCACGCAGCUCAGGAACCAAGCUGUCACAAGUCAUCUGUGACAAACCUGGAAGCAGUCAGCAGAGUGGAGAGGGGGACACGUUUUGAGGAGUGUUCAGAGUACAAUCAAGGCAAAAUGCAAACAGGUACCGAGAGAAGGCUUGGUAAAGAGGCAGCUGUAAGUAAACAUGUAGAAUUUCAAGGUGUGGAGAUCUUAUGGCUGCAAAAAGCUGAGGAGCAGAGAAGAAAGAAGCACUCACUGCUGGAUUCUGUGUCUGUGGAGAGGAAGGUAUUCACCAAAACAUCCAGCCACCCUGUGUCACCAAUGGUCUCCCCAGCCUUGCUUUCCUUGCCAGACAGUGCAUGGAGUGAGGUCUGUGAAGACCCAAGGCUGGAACCUGCUGUGUCUGCAGCCACUCCUCUACCACUGCUUGAAGAAAGCGGGAAGGAUGAAGUUUCUGUGAAGGACAGGAAGAACUGUGGUGAGGAGAUGACUGUGCUUGCAAGAGGCCAGGGCAGGAUGGUGGAGGAGGGGGAAACCGCCACAGGAGGAUGUGAAGAUUUCCUUGGGCAGAGGCAUUCUGAUGUCUCCACUGAUCUGUACAGCUCGCAGUUUGAAAACAUCCUAGACAAUGCAUCUUUGUACUACAGUGCGGAAUCUCUGGAGACAUUGUACUCGGAGCCUGAUAGCUACUUCAGCUUUGAGAUGCCACUCACUCCCAUGAUCCAGCAGCGCAUGAAGGAGGGUGGACAGUUUUUAGAUAGGGCAUCAGCCGUGGGGCAGACAGAUGUCCCUGACAGGGAGGUGAAGGGAUGUGGUGAAGGCAUUGCCAAUGGCUUAAGGGAUGUAAGCGAAACACUCUUCAAAGGAGAUGUCACAGAAGUCCCUCGUCUGGAAAGCAAUGUUGACCUGCAGAAUGUGGUGUUAGAUUCCAGUGCAGCCAUGGGGAGCAAUGAACUUCAGGAAAAAGAUGCCACUGGAGCCCUUGGCCAUGACCUCAGCAAUGGCAGCAGCAGCAAUUUGGAAGCAGCCAGGCGCCUGGCUAAGCGCCUCUACCAUCUGGACAGAUUCAAACGCUCUGAUGUGGCAAAACAUUUGGGUAAAAACAAUGAAUUCAGCAAGCUUGUGGCCGAAGAAUAUCUUAAAUUUUUUGACUUCACAGGCAUGACACUGGACUGUUCGCUCAGGAGUUUCUUUAAAGCCUUUUCACUUAUUGGAGAAACUCAGGAACGAGAGAGAGUUUUAAUCCACUUCUCCAGCAGAUACUACCAGUGCAACCCAAAUGCCAUUUCUUCUCAAGAUGGAGUUCACUGUCUCACGUGUGCCAUGAUGCUGUUGAACACAGACCUCCAUGGCCAUAACAUUGGGAAAAAGAUGACCUGCCAAGAAUUUGUUGCUAACCUUCAGGGGAUGAACGAUGGCAAAGACUUCCCGAGAGGGCUCUUAAAGGCUCUCUACAAUUCAAUCAAGAAUGAGAAGUUGGAAUGGGCAGUGGAUGAAGAAGAGAAAAAAAAAUCUCACUCGGAUGGUGCAGAUGAAAAGGAUAAUGGGAACCAGACAAAGGCUGUCAGUCGAAUUGGCAAUUCAAAUAACCCAUUCCUGGACAUCCCUCAUGACCCCAAUGCUGCCGUGUAUAAAACUGGAUUUCUGGCUCGGAAAAUCCAUGCAGAUAUGGAUGGAAAGAAAACUCCCCGGGGAAAACGAGGCUGGAAAACCUUUUAUGCUGUGCUGAAGGGAACAGUCCUGUACUUGCAGAAGGAUGAAUAUAAGCCAGAAAAGGCUUUGUCGGAGGAAGAUCUGAAGAAUGCGGUUAGUGUGCACCAUGCACUGGCAUCCAAGGCAACAGACUAUGAGAAGAAACCCAAUGUCCUCAAGCUUAAAACAGCAGAUUGGAGAGUCCUGCUUUUCCAAGCCCAGAGCCAAGAAGAAAUGCAGACCUGGAUCAACAAGAUUAACUGUGUGGCUGCUGUCUUCUCUGCACCACCAUUUCCAGCGGCCAUUGGCUCUCAGAAGAAGUUCAGUCGCCCACUCCUGCCAGCCACCACAACAAAGCUAUCUCAGGAUGAACAGCUGAAGUCCCAUGAAGCUAAACUGAAGCAGAUCUCAACUGAGCUUGCUGAACAUCGCUCCUAUCCUCCUGACAAGAAGCUCAAAGGCAAGGAAGUAGAUGAUUACAAACUGAAGGACCACUAUCUGGAGUUUGAGGUAUAUAUGGGAAACAUUAUUACUUUUACUUCUUGGUUGUGGGUGGUCUUAUAUUUGGGUCACAGUCUGGAAGUUCUUAAUUUUUCACUUUACUUCCCUAGGAAGUGUGUUCUUGCUAGGCAGAAAAGUCACAGCAAUUGCAGAUGCUGGGAUGUGGCUCUUCUUUCUGGUGAGAACUUCCUUAGUGAAUUUUGCUCCCAGUCUGUAACAUGGAGGAUAGAAACAAGACUCCUGUCCUUCCUGAUGUACCUUUUUAAAAAAAUUGUAAGAUCUUUGUGCACGAAGUGUCUCGUGUUGUAAAACUGUGCUGCCUAGUGUAUUGGAACCUCAGUCUCUAAAGAAUGACUGCAUUCUGCAGGAAUGCAGAUCAUGGUAAUUGUCUUCCCUUGGUAGGUUCUGAAGGAACUGAUAUGCUGAAGUUAUUGUCAUAGGUAUGCCUCCCUCAUCAGAGCCACUUGUGUUGUAUACCACUGAAAUGGAUGUCAGGAUGAGAAGGAAAAUGGUAGAAUUAAAGAUCACAGGGUUGAGUGAUGCAACUUAGGCAGAUGCAUUAGGAGAUUGUUUUGAGUAUCUGACAGCAGCUUUUAUCUAUAAUGGUGUCUGCCACAUUUUAGGACUAUGUGGGAAUGAAUCUGCAACCCAGCAGAUGUCUGCCAUUUGUUAUGACUACACCUUUGAGCUUUUUCCCCCAGGACUGCGAGUCAAUGUUGCCUUGGGUCUGAAAGGAUCCUACUCUAAAUAGGCACUGCCUGGCAAGGAAAAUACGUAGUCUGAGAAAGAGGAAGAGCAGAUAAGACAGAUGAGACAACCAGAGCUGAUGCUGGAGGCAACACAGCACAAGCCUCCAGAACUGAAGUAAGCCUUCUGCCCUGUGCUAUCAGUUUCUGUUAGAGAGACUUUUUUUAGUCCUGGACUUAAAUCAUUGCAUACUUUUGCUUUUGAAGAAGGUUGACUACUGUGUAACCACUGUGUUGAGUUUGACUUUGCUGUAGCAAUGUCCAUCAGUAUGGCUUUAUGAAGGAGGAAUCGUAAGCUGACCAACAUGAUAGUCUUCUAUGAUGUGAUGUUUGGUUUGAUGGACAAGGGGACAGCAGUGGAUGUUGUUUGUUCUUUACUUUGACAAGAAUUCUGAUAUUGUCACCUCUAACGACCUUGUAGUCAAGCUGAUGAAGUAGAUUAGGAAGUCGACAGUGAGGUGAACAGUCGAGAUCAAAGGGUUGUGAUCAAUGGCACAGUGUCAGUUAAUUUUGAACAGUGCACUCAGAUGUACAGGGUAAGCCACACACUUUAUCUCUGGAGGGGAUCUUGUAAAACUUGGAAGAUCAAGCAUUUUCUUAGCUUUGGGUUCUUGACACAAAGUUUAUUUUCUGUCACUUUUAGAAGCUUGGUGAGUUAGGAUGAAAUGUAGGCUGGAGUGUUAAACGUUUAUAGAAAGAUGGAUGAGGGAGUAGAUUGUUGCAGGGAUUUUUUCUGUUUCCUGUGAAUUUUAUCAGGGAUAAAAUUUAUAUCCUUUAUCUUCUGAGAUAUUCCUCAGGUACCUCAGUACAAAUCAGAACCAGUAUAGCCCAGAAAACAAAAGGUAUCCUCUUCGCUAGUGAGAGUCUCAAACAGCAUUUGAGCUGUGCAGUUCAGAUAAGUGAUCAGCUCUGCAUGAGUGCCCAUCUAAGCAGGAAAGUUGUGGCAACAGCUUCAGUUACUUAGGAGAAAUGGUAAUUCGGGGUGCUGGUUUCGCUGUGCUGUGUUACCUUCACAAGAAACACAGAUUUCACAGGCCAUGUUGAACUAUCAAGACGCCAUUCCAAGGGUCAUGAGAGCAGGCAAUUCCAAAAUGCUGGAAGUCAAACAGAUGAGGCAGAAGGGUAACUGGGAUCUUCUGAAGCUAAGGCAAAAAAGUAAGGUUUAUGCUGAGUGGAAGCAAGGUCAGGUGGCAUGAGAAGAAUACAGAGAGUGAUGCUGCUCACCAUUGUAACAAGAAAAUUCACGUGGCCAAAUCUUAAUUGGAGUUGCAUUUGGCCAGAGCUAUGGGGGAUAAAAAGAGUGUUUUAAAAAGAGUGUCAAUAAAAGCAGUGUUUUUAAAUAUAUUAAUGGCAAAGGGCAGGGUAGAAAUAACAUCAGCAUCUUACAGGAUUAGUACAUUCAUCUCACAAACAGGGACAUGGACAAGGCAGAGGUGUUUAAAAAAAUGCCGUCUUUGCCUCUGUCUUCAAUAUGGCUGGCAGACCAGGGGGUUCUCAGUGCCCUGACAUGGAGGACCAUGUCUGUGAGAAUGCUCCCAUUUAACCUUGAAGGUGUGUGGGAUCAGCUGUUCCAGCUGGAUCCCUGCAAAUAUAUGGGGUCUAAUGAGAUUCAUUCAGGAAACAUCAAACAGUUUUCUGAUGUUUUCACAAAGCUUUUCUCGAUGAUAUUUGAGCAGUUUGGAUAGAUCCCAGUUGGCUGGAAACUGUCUAAUGUUUUCCCAGUUUUCAAGAAGGGCAAAAAGAAUGACACUGGAAACUACAGGUCUGCCAUUCUCACUUCAGUGCCUGGUAAAAUUGAGAAAAUUAUUCCAGGAAGUACUGGAAAACACCUGGAGGACACUGGAACCAUCAUCACAGCCAGCACAGCUUCAUGAGAGAAAAGUCAGGGUUGUCCAACCUGGUUUUCUUUUAUGACAGGAUAACCUACUUAGUUGAUCAACAGAAGCCAGUUAAUGCAAUCUUUUUUUGAUUUCCUAAAGAUUUUGAUACUGUCUCUCUCAGGACCCUUCUGGAGAAAAUGUCCAGCCCACAGCUGGAUAAACACAUCAUGUGGUGGGUGAGCAGCUGGCUCAUGGGUCAGGCACAAAGGGCUACAGUGAAUGGGGUGACAUCAGACUGAUGUGACCUGUCACUAGUGGGGUUCCACUGGGCUCCAUCCUUGGCCCUGUGCUCUUCAACAUCUUCAUAAAUGACUUGGACACAGGACUGGAAGGGACACUGAGCAAGUUUGCAAAUGAUACAGAACUGGGAGAAGCUGCUGACUGCCUUGAAGGCAAGGAGGCCCCCCGAAGAGACCUUGACAAAUUACAGGGCUGGGCAAUCACCACCUGUAUGAAGUUCAACAAGUGAAAGUGCUGGAUUCUGCAUCUGGGAUGGGACAACCCUUAGUGUAUGGAAUGAGAAAAUGGAGAGCAGUGCCAUGGAAAGGAGCCUGUUCAAGGGCAAGCUGAACAUGAGUGAGCAGUGCCCUUGCAGCCAGCUCUGUCCUGGGCUGCAUCAGGCGCAGCAUCAGCAGCCAGGCAAGAGAGAGGAUUGUCCCAUUCUGCUCUGCACUGGGGCUGCCUUGCCUGGAGUGCUGGGGGCAGUUUUGGGCCCCUCAGUAUUAGAAAGAUCAGAGCCUCCAAAGGAGGGCAGUGAAGAUUAUGAAGGGCCUUAAGGGGAAGCCGUACGAGGAGUAGCUGUGGUCUCUUGGUUCAGCCUGGAGGAGAGGGACUGAGGAGAGACCUCCUUGCAGUCAACAACUUUCAUGUGAGGGGAAGAGGAUGGACUGGCACUGAUCUGUCUGUGAUGACAUGUGGGAAUGGCCUGAAGUUGUGUCAGGGGAGGUUUAGGCUGGACAUUGGAGGGAGAUUCUUCUUCACCCAGAGGGUGGCUGGGCGC